AACGGGAAGAGCGUCAUGAGCUCUCAGCGCUCCAUUCACAAAAAAAGUUUACGCACUUUUAUUUACGUAGCUGAGCUCUAAAGCCGAGGACGUUACUCCAGAAAUCACACUUCUGGGGGCCCCGAUGGAGUCGCUGCAAUCAGCUGUGCAUCAUAUCUUGUUAUGAUAAACAAGUAAUGAACACACAAACACACACAGUUGAACAAUGGAAGGGAUGCUGUAUAAAUGGACCAAUUACAUAAGUGGUUGGCAGCCUCGUUGGUUUGUGCUCGAUGGAGGAACUUUGUCUUACUAUGACUCUCAAGAAGACGCCUGGAAAGGUUGCAAAGGCAGCAUUAAAAUUUCAGUCUGUGAAAUCCAAGUUCAUUCCUCUGACUCCACACGAGUCGAUCUGACCAUACCAGGAGAGCAGUACUUUUACCUCAGAGCCAUCAAUGCAGCUGAGAGGCAGAAAUGGCUGGUUGCACUGGGAACGGCCAAAGCUUGCCUUACGGACAACCGGACAAAGAGAGAAAAAGAGCUCCAGGAGAACACAGAGACACUGAAAACGAAGAUGUCCGAACUCAGAUUGUACUGUGACCUACUUCUACAACAAGUAAACAAGAUCAAGGAGAAUGAUGAGCUAGACACAGCAGAGACGGGCAUAGACACUGGAAACAUGGUGAAGUCUACAUGCACCACUUUCCUAAAGACUCUAGAGGAAUGCAUGCAGAUAGCAAAUCGUACAUUCAGCGCGGAUUUGGCAACACAGAGUCCACCAGGAUCACCUCCAGUAGCAGCCAUCAAACCUCAGAAGAUUAAGCCUGUCAAUCAUUUAAAUCAGAACCUUGGAGAAAAAUGGAGAGAUUUGGCCGAAACCUCAGGAGAAGCAAUUGCACAUGACAGCCAGAGCCUUGACUCUGGAGCAGAGGGACCAGAUGAGCUAGACAGACCAGAACACCAUUCUUGCCCAUCAGACAUUGAUGCAGCAAACGGCAACAGCGCAGUUUACGAGGAGCCAGUCGAUCCUACUUUACACACUACCCAGAAUACCUCUGAGAUCGAACACUACGACCAACCAGCAGAGGGGGAUGAGGAAAAUGAAGCUGGUGAUCAAAGGGAGACGAAACAAGAGCAGAAGCACAAAGUGGACCAAAGUCAAGAGCAUGACAACAACAAUAAGGAAGCGAGUGCUGCUGUCCAGCCUCAGCACGAACAGAAAGCUGUCCAAGACCAAGAAGAGGCUCAACACCAAGGAGAGACUUCAACGGAGGCAGAAGACACAGAGCAGGUGGAAACUUUCUUCAGCACAAUGAGUCACAGAUUUAGUGAUAUAAGACUGGACGACGACAAUGGUAUCCCUACUCAAGAGUUUUUGGACUCAUGCUAUGCAAUAGUGCCUGUAUUAGACAAGCUGGGGUCCACAGUGUUUGCACCAGUGAAAAUGGAUUUUGUUGGAAAUAUCAAGAAAAUUCACCAGAAGCUGAUGUCAGACCCCGACAACUUCCCUACAUUACAGUCCAUAGUGCUGCGCGAAGUCGGGACAGACGUUGCCCAGGUGCGCAACUCGGCCACCGAGGCUCUGCUGUGGCUCAGACGAGGCCUGAAGUUCCUCAAGGAGUUCCUGUCAGAGGUCAAUGCGGGACAACAAGACAUCCAGGGAGCAUUAAAUAAUGCCUAUGGCAAGACCCUUCGACGGUACCACGGCUGGGUUGUGCGUGGCGUAUUUGCUUUGGCGCUGAGGGCUGCCCCGUCUUAUCAAAGCUUCAGUGCUGCCUUGGUGACAAAAGAGGGUGACGAGCUUAAGAGUGGCUUCACAAGCGGCAUGUACAGGGACCUUGGAGUGUACCUGCCUGCCAUGGAGAAGCAGCUGGCCAUCUUAGAUGCCCUGUAUGAAGAAUACAACCUGGAGUCAGAUGAAGUGGUGUGAAAACCCAAACAGAAAAUGAGCCGACUGACUGAAAGACAGAACUUGACUGCAGGGGCAGAGUAGUCCAUAACUGCUGUGAAGGAGGGUGCCAGAUGCAACAGGUGCAUCUCGUGUACAAAAUAGUGUGAGCAUGUCCCGUGUCAGUGUAAGUUGUUUCCAGUGGAUAUUAAACUCUACGAUGGUAGACGAAGAAGGUAUUACAUGUGUAAUAGGCUGUUUGGCUCCUUUUGAUUAUUUAACUUUGUAAUUGUUAAGUGCACACCAACGCAAUUAUGGGGCCGGUGUGUAGGAGCCAUUUGUGUGUAUAUUUUGAUAUGACACUGGGGGACUUUUUGUUUUGUGUCACUAAUUGCAGAUUGGCACCAAGUAGAUCAGUAAUCAUGAAGAUUGCUUGUACUACCUUAAACAGUACACCAGGGGGCAGCCAAGAGAACUGGUUAAAAGCUGCUAUCACAUACCAGAUAGCCAAGGCUAUGAAACCGCGAAACAACUAAUAAAGGAACACUUUGGAAAUGCAAUAAA